CUCCACUUCCGGAAAGAAUUGUGUUUCGCAUUUUGAUAAAUAAUUCACCUUCCUGGUUUGAAGGCUACCUUGUCAGGAGGAAACUGAAGUGUACCUUCUGAAGCAGAACACAGAGGCUGUGAGUGGGUCAUCAGGCAGUCUCCCUAUGUCAGGCCGAAACGGGUCUGCAAGUGAUGCAGACUGCCGGAUCUCUGAGGACUGCCGUGUCCCAGAUGUUGAGCUGAUGGAGCUGGGGCCACUGCUGGAGGAGGGAGGGGGGCGAGCGGCAGCAUCUAAAGGCGUCCAUUCAGAGGGAGCUGCGAUGCUUGCUGACGAGGAAGAGGAUGAUGAUGAGGUGGGAGAGGUCCUGACCUUACCACUUCAGGCUCAUCAUGCCAUGGAGAAGAUGGAGGAGUUUGUACACAAGGUGUGGGAGGGGCGCUGGAGGGUCAUCCCUUUCCACGUCCUGCCAGAGUGGCUAAAGGACAACGAUUACCUCCUGCAUGGACAUCGGCCUCCUAUGCCCUCCUUCCGGGCCUGUUUUGGAAGCAUCUUCAGAAUUCACACUGAGACAGGAAACAUCUGGACUCACCUGUUAGGGCUGAUCUUAUUCCUGUGUCUGGGCACGUUAACCAUGCUGCGGCCCAACAUGUAUUUUAUGGCCCCUCUGCAAGAGAAAGUGGUGUUCGGGAUGUUCUUCCUGGGAGCUGUGCUCUGCCUCAGUUUCUCCUGGCUUUUUCAUACCGUCUACUGCCACUCUGAGAAAGUGUCUCGCACCUUCUCCAAGCUUGACUACUCGGGCAUUGCCCUCCUGAUCAUGGGCUCCUUCGUGCCCUGGCUGUACUACUCGUUCUAUUGUUCCCCUCAGCCUCGACUUAUCUACCUCACCAUUGUAUGUGUCCUCGGCAUCGCCGCCAUCAUAGUGGCCCAGUGGGACCGGUUUUCUACACCUCGUCACAGACCUACAAGAGCAGGUGUGUUCAUGGGUCUUGGGUUAAGCGGCAUUGUCCCCACCAUGCACUUCACCAUCGAGGAGGGCUUUGUUAAGGCUACCACAGUGGGCCAGAUGGGUUGGUUCUACCUGAUGGGUGCCAUGUAUAUCACUGGUGCUGGUCUGUACGCAGCCAGGAUCCCUGAGCGCUAUUUUCCUGGAAAGUGUGACAUCUGGUUCCACUCUCAUCAGAUUUUCCAUGUUCUGGUCGUGGCGGCGGCGUUCAUCCAUUUCUACGGGGUUUCCAACCUGCAGGAGUUCCGCUACGGCCUGGAGGGAGGAUGCACAGAUGACUCUCUACUCUGAGAGGCCUGACUGUGACUCAUACUUUUCUUUACAGUCCCACAAACACCUCGCACACACACACACACACACACACACACACACACACACACACACACAUACAUACAUACACAUACACACACAACACACGCACACACAAUCACUUUAAAUGCUGCUGGAAUUCAAUAUAGUCACUUAUUGCUCCUUCUGUACUUCUGAUUUGCUAACAUCUUGUUUGGGUUUUGGUGGUCUUUCUGUUUGGCUCUUUUUUGCUCCGAUAAAGUAGCAUUAACUAGCCACUGAACUACAGAGGGAAUCUUCAACAGGCACUACUUCUUCAAUAAUUCUGAAACUUGAAGCCUACAUUUUCAAGUAAGGUCAAAAUGGGAUUUUAACCAAAAUCGUAUAUUACUGUAACUGAUGGUCACUUCCUAGAAGCUCACUAGUACCCCGACCUCUUCAUAGUCUGUUACCAUUGCACAAAGGGUACAGAGCGUAUUAUUUGUGCUGUAGCAGAGGGCACAUACUGUAAACCAUUCCUAUCCUCCCUCCCACUUUCCAUGCGGGUUAGAGGAUGAAUGUACUGUCCACCAGGAGUGAGGUGUAGAGCAGUCCAGGACCAUUUAGGUGCUUAAGGGCAGGCACACAUUUGUAUUAAGAGGAUAAAGUAUGCAUCUAUAGUGUGUAUAGAUGCUGCCAGAUGCUUUCUAACUGUGCUGACACUGAUUGAGCAGCUGUAUGUCAAAACUUAGAGGACUACUACAGACCCACCCAUGCCCGCUCUGCAAUAAAACAUGAACUGUACUCUUUAGGCCCAGUCAGUACCCUUAAAUCAUAAUUAAACAAAAUACAAUACAAUAUUAUGAAAGAAAUAUAGAGCUUAGAUACUAUAAAUUCGAUCUAUAGAUGUGUCUGAGUAACACAAGGUGUAAUUGUCAUCACAGUUCUUCCCAGAAUGAUUGGAAAUCAAAGGGAUUUAUACAUAAAGGGAUAGUUAUGGUCUUUUGAAAUGGGGCUGUAUAAGAUACUUAUCUUAAGUCGGUGUAGUACUUACAGUAGAUGGCGGUCAGCAUGGCCCCAGUUUGGAGAAACAGUUCAUGGCUUCAGUUCCCCGCCUGUGCUCUCGUCAACGUCACCAGACUCCACGACAAAAACAUUGUUGAACACAGGAGCUGCUGGUCUACUGCUACCACAGUCAGUUUGUAUGUUUGUGUUAUUGUGUGACUCUGGUGAAUCUGAACUCACCCAGUAAGCAUUUUUUGGUUUAAAAAACGUCUACAUGAAGACCUGAUGUCUAGGCUAAAUCACGGCUGAAUUUGGGCUGUCAGUGAAAAUUUGGUAGACGUCUAACC